AUGGAUGAACUCGACCUUGAAGAUGAUGACCGCUCGGUGGAAUUGUCCUCUAUUGUCGCCAUCUUCCCGGAAACCCAAAUCGAUCCAAAAUCCCCAUUCAAGGCCGUCCUGGAUCUGCCAGUUGCGCCAUCAGCGCCAACCCCAGUCUGUUUUCAAACGCCUAUCGAUCCUACACCUGCCGCUACUCUUACCCCGCCAACCUCCGUGGAUGAAGCGAAGGGGGAGCUGGAUGAACCUGCCAGGGAUGUCCACGUACUUUCGCAUUUGCCACCGUUAAAACUCGAGAUUGAAUUGCCCGAAGGCUACCCCUCCGAAAAACCGCCGAUUGUUCAUCUAAGCUCUGCUCCCACGUGGUUGCCAAGAUCGGCCACGGAUCAAUUGUUAAGCGACUGCCGCCGACUGUGGGAAGAAUGUGGCCAUGAUUUGGUUGUUUUCACAUACAUCGAUCAUCUUCAACAGCUUGCCGAAACCGUUUUCAAUAUCCAAAACUCGUCAGGAGAAGUCUGCCUUUCGCGAGAUCUCAAGAUCGCAUUGCUGGACUAUAAUAUCAAAGCGGAACGUGAGAAAUUCGAACAGGGAACCUUUGAAUGCGGGGUGUGUCUUGAACCUAAGAAGGGCACAGCCUGUUAUCGAUUGCUCCGCUGCUCUCACGUAUUCUGCGUCCAAUGUUUGCAAGACUUCUACAAUUCCUGCAUCUCCGAGGGCGAUGUGGACAGUGUGAAGUGCGUGGCGCCAGAUUGUGAAACCAACAAGAGACCACAGGAUGCACAAGGCAAUGGCGACAUUAACACUCCGCCUCGGAAGAAGCGUGAUCGCACGCUCGGUCCAAGCGAGCUCCUCCAAAUCCCUCUGGCUCCCGACGUGGUUCAAAGAUACGCAUUCCUGAAACGAAAGAAGAAGAUCGAAGCCGACAAAACAACUGUUUACUGUCCACGACAGUGGUGUCAAGGGGCAGCUCGAUCCAAGAAGCACCCCAAACCAGAAGACCUGAUGGUGGACGACCCUGAUGUUUCUGAUGACGAAGAUUCCCCUGAAACCCCAGCCCCAGACGAGGAUGAUGGGGAGUUACCUCCGAUGGCCGAACGUGUUGCAAUUUGCGAGGACUGCAACUACGCCUUCUGUUCCGUCUGCAAAAAGGGAUGGCACGGCGAAUUACUCCGCUGCUAUCCACGCCGCCAGGGCGAGCCGACAGCCGAGGAAAAGGCCACCGAAGAAUAUCUCCGGCUAUAUACUACCCCCUGUCCAACAUGCAAUGUACCUUGCCAAAAGCAAAUGGGAUGCAACCACAUGCGCUGCUUCCAGUGUGACACCCACUUCUGUUACCUGUGUUCUGCCUGGCUUUCAGCAGACAAUCCCUAUAAACAUUUCAACGACCCAUCCGGCCAAUGCUUCAACCGCCUCUGGGAUCUCGAAGGCGGCGAUGGCCUAAAUCCCGACGGUGCCGAAGCCCUCCACCGCAUUCCAGAAGCACUCCUCAAUUUCGACGACGAACCACCUGCCGUGAUGAUACCCGCAGAUGACGAUGAUGAAGAUCUUGCCUUUGAAUUCGACAACGAUCAAGACAUUCUCCACCUCCCCCCGCCCCCGGCGCCAAUCCCACCACCCAUCAACGCCCGUCGCCCCGACCAUGCCGCCGCCCGAGCAGCGGCCGCCGAGCGCCGCGCCCAGGCUAGAGCCAUGAAUGAAGUUCGACGUCGGGAUGCAGCCCAAGCCGACGACGCUGGCGAUCAGCGACCGGAACCCCGCCGUCCGGUGCGGCGCGUUCCUGUUCGAGCAGAGCCCCUGCAUGAACAAGAAAGACAGGACUGGGGCCAUGGCAGAUGGCCCGGUCUUGAGCGAUUUGUCCAGCUUGCCGCAGACGAUCGGGAAGAUGAGUGGGAUAGUGAUGAGCUUGAGGAUUUCUAA